GAAAAGAGAAAGAUGGCUUGCUUAUUAUAGGUAGCCAAGCUGGCAGAGCAAGGACACUGGCAUAGUGCCAUAUGGACAUCCUAUAAUUGAGCCUGUCAAAGGAUUCAACACAUAAUCCGGGCGAGCUAUCCUCCCCUCCAUCUCUACCCCAUUUGGUGGAAAUUUCACCAAGCUAUGUUUCUCUCUACUCAUCAGCAUUGAUUCUUCAUGAUCAUGAAUGCAUCAACGUUAAUGCAUGGAAUCUCUUCUUCUUUUCCUUCCAUAUAGAGGGAGAGACAGAUAGCAGCCAAAUAAAUAAUGUUGCAGAGAGCAGCAAGCAACGCAUAUUCAUGGUGGUGGGCAAGCCACAUUAGGACAAAGCAGUCAAAAUGGCUGGAACAGAACCUUCAAGAUAUGGAGGAGAAGGUGAGUAGCAUGCUCACAAUCAUUGACGACGAUGGAGACUCCUUUGCACAGAGGGCAGAAAUGUAUUACAGGAGGAGACCAGAACUUGUAAGCAUCGUGGAAGAAUCUUAUCGAGCAUACCGAGCUUUAGCUGAAAGAUAUGAUCACUUAUCAAAAGACCUGCAAAGUGCCAACCGCACCAUUGCCUCUGUCUUCCCUGAACAAGUUCCAUUUGCCAUGGAUGAAGAAGAUGAAGAAAAUGUUAGCCAAACAUCAACUUCUUCCCCCUGUGCUGACAAACCAAGUGUCCCAAAACCAAGCGUUCCAAAAGCUCCAUUUCUGAAGAAAGAUUUCAGGAGCCAGUCUGUGUUGUUGUUGAGAAAGGGACAACUCAAGAGAGCUUCUAGUUCUGCUAAAGCUGCUGCAUUUCCAAGUUCAGGGCUGAGCAAAAAUGAGGCACUAGAUGAAAUAGACAAUCUUCAGAAGGAAGUUUUAGAAUUGCAAACUGAAAGGGAGUUUGUAAAAAGCUCCUAUGAACACGGAUAUAAAAAAUUCUAUGAAAUUGAACACCAGAUAACUGAAAAGCAAAAGAGAGUUUGCAAUUUACAGGAUGAGUUUGGCAUUGGCUCCGUUAUUGAUGACAAUGAAGCUAGGGCUCUGAUGGCAGCUAGAGCUCUUAAGUCAUGCCAAGAGACCUUGGCUAAGUUGAAAGAAAAACAUGAGCAGUCAACUGAAGAGGCAAGAGUAGAAUCCAGAAGGAUUAAGAAGGUAAAUCAGAAGUUUGAAGCUCUCAGGAAUAAAUUUAACUUCCCACAAACAAAUCAGCAAGAGAAGCAUAAGUACGUGAGUCCAACUACGGAGUUUGAUAACAUGGUCUACGAUAUUAAAAGUGAGGAAAAAGAGAGACAAGAUUUGGAAGCGUUGCGAAAGGAGAUCGAAGAGCAGCUUGAAGUAAGCUCAAAUGGCUCUCUCACAGUUUCACAGCUUGCAGAGAAAAUUGAUGACCUUGUGCAGAGAGUUGUUAAUUUGGAAACUGCAGUCUUUUCUGAAAAUGCUUUGGUAAUGAGAUUAAGAUCAGAAACAGAUGAGCUCCAGGCCCACGUUAAGAGCCUGGAAGAAGACAAGGAAGCUCUGAUUGAAGGCUCAGACAUCAUGAAAAACAGGAUGAAUGAAUUGGAGCGGGAAUUAAGUAGAGUUAAAGAUCUUGUAAAAACUGUUGUAGCACAAAAUAACAGUCUCAAAACUCAUUUUACCGAGGCAAGUUGUAACAUUGGUCAUUUGUCUAUGAAGUUACAAGGCGUGAAGAUGGAUGAGGAGGUUGAAAAUACAGGACUCUCCCAAGAAGUAAAAACUGGAACGGAUGCCAUAGCUGACAGGGGAAUGGAAGACCAUGAAAUUGAGUUGGCUCCUUAUGAUAGUUCAGCCUUAAAAGACACAGGAAUUGAAAUGGAAGGAAAGGAAAGAGAUUUUUCGGCUGAAGGAGAAAACUAUGCUGAUUCUGAAUCAGGCAGUAAGUUUGACGUUGAUUCGAGAAAGGCUCUGGAACCAAUGGAAGAAGACAAAGCCGAGAAGAAAUAUUUCUCCGAGACAGCAAGCAGUAUCCCUGAUACUGAGAUUGAGGAACUAGGGACCGAUGAAGAAGAAGACCAACCAAACUGGAGGCAGCUGUACUUGAAUGGACUGGAUGACAGAGAAAAGAUUUUACUAGACGAGUACUCUUCUGUUCUUCGGAAUUAUAAGGAUGUAAGAAACAAGCUUAAUGACGUAGAGAAGAAAAACCGCGACGGUUUCUUUGAAUUGGCAUUGCAGAUAAGGGAACUGAAGAAUGCUGUGGCCUCCAGAGAUGGAGAGAUUCAAUCUUUACGUCAAAAAAUGAGCUUUCCAGAUGAAAACAAGGAUGGGAACUUGGUCGAACUUGAAGGACCCCGUCUAAGCGCAAGCCAAGAAUCUACCUUGACCGAAUCUAUUCAGGCAUCGCCAGUAGCCGUAGGUCAGGGGAAAGUUGAAUCCGAUGAAAAAGUAGUCGAAGCAACUGCACAUGGAAGAUUCGAAGAAUCUCCCAAGACAAUGGGAGAAAUUCUUAUGCAGGUAAAAACUGUAAGCCAAUCUCGUCAUGUUUUAACCGUAGAGGAAAAAAUCCGAUCAGAUAUUGAUGACUUGCUGGAGGAAAACCUAGAGUUCUGGUUGAGGUUCAGCACAUCUUUUCAUCAGAUACAAAAAUACCAAACUUCAGUCCAGGACUUGAAAGCAGAGUUAUCAACACUGAGAGGAAAAAUGAAGCAAGAAGGAAGUGGAAAGCAGCAGCAGUCUCUCAAAUCAGAAGCCCGGCCCAUUUAUUCUCACUUGAGAGAAGUAAAAACUGAAUUAACAUUAUGGUUGGAAAACAAUGCAGUUUUGAAAGACGAAGUGCAAGGUAGAUAUUCCUCCUUGUGCAACAUCCAAGAAGAGAUUGCAAGAGUGACCAAUGCUAGUGGCCAUGCAGGAGAGACUGAACUCAGUGGAUAUCAGGCUGCCAAGUUUCAAGGUGAGGUUCUCAACAUGAAACAGGAAAACAACAAGGUUGCUGAUGAAUUGAAAGCAGGCUUUGAUCGUGUGAGACAACUCAAGCUUGAAGUUGAGAAAGUAAUGGCGAAUUUGGAAAGGGAACUUGGGUUGUCAGCAUCAACGGCUCAAAAUCCCGUGUCGAGAACAGGGAAGCCAAGAAUCCCUCUGCGUUCUUUCUUAUUUGGAAUCAAGCUAAAGAACAAGAGGCAGCUAAAGGGACCAUCAAUGUUUGCAUGCGGGCAUCCAACGUUGCAGAAACAGCUCAGUUUCCUAUCAGAACCUACCGAGCCCUCACGAUAAACUCCUGCCUCUACCCCUUUCCCUUCUUAAUUUUCUUAGUUCCCUUUAUGGAAGAUUUCUCUUUUCUUUUCGAUUAAUUCCGGUUUGGAUUCCAUUUUAUGUAAAGUAACAGAUUAUAGAUGUUUCUAAUAUCUACCUC